AGACCGGGAAGCUGAUGUAUGUGAUGCACAACUCGGAGUACCCAUUGAGCUGUUUUGCCCUCUUUGAGAAUGGCCCUUGUCUUAUUGCUGACACCAACUUUGAUGUGCUUAUGGUGAAGCUGAAGGGCUUUUUCCAGAGUGCUAAGGCCAGCAAGAUUGAGACCCGGGGCACCCGGUACCAGUACUGUGACUUCCUGGUGAAGGUGGGCACGGUCACAAUGGGGCCCAGUGCCCGGGGCAUCUCUGUGGAGGUAAGACCUUGGUGAAAACAGAAGCAGGAUAUGCUAAGGGGGCUGGCUGGUAAAGAGCUCUGAAGAUUUUCCAGUCCUUCUUUAUUUUUUUUGAGACAGAGUCUUGCUCUGUCACCCAGGCUGGAAUGUAGUG